AUGGAAGGUAAAAAGAUGUAUUCGUCUCUGCAAGAGGAUAAACGUGACAUGUCAUUUGCUCAAUUUACUCCGUCUCCAACACUGGCUCCAGCACCGAUUUUUACUUUUACUGCCUCUACUGCAUUCUCUACUUCGCCAACUGCUACUUCUUCGACUAGUGCCUCCUCUUCAACUUCUUCCCCCUCUACUCGAUGGGUGCGAAGGUUGCACCAUCGACAAAGAAACCAUAGAGAGAGGAACUUGCUGUUUAGUCGGAUGAUACACGCUGCAGGAGGCGGUGGAAAUAGUAAUAGUGAUAGUAACAACAUUAUUAGUAACGGCAGCAACAUUAAUGGAAAUAAUUCUUCAACAAUACCUUCAACAGUGCCCUCAACGACUUUAUCAACCUCUUCUUCCUCUUCACCUAUUAUACAAUCUCAAGACGAUGAUGAUCUCCAAAGCAUGCAUCACCAUUUUCGUAGCAAGACAGUUUGUAAACUAAAUUGUGCGCACUGUAACAAUAGUGUGUGCGUUAGAGGAAUGAAGGCCAUGUUAUUGGCUGAUACAAGAAUUGAACUUUAUUCCACUGACGUACCGCCAUUAUCGGUACAAUUGGUCGGUGAUGACUAUAUGACACAAAAUUGUCAAUGUAAAAUUCGGGAUGUGGCAUGCCUUACAUGUGGGAAUGUUCUAGGAUAUCAUAUUACUCAGCCAUGUCAACAAUGUAUGGAAGCUUGUAACAAUGGUCAUCUUUGGAUGUUUCAUACCGAGUCUGUUACGAGCGAAGAGAGAUUAGACCCCGAAGGGAAAAAGAUUCUUUUAUGGGCGCAAUUACCUCGAGCUGAAAAAGAUAUCGAAAUAAUUGAUACGGAAGACGAAUAUGAACAAUGUUGUCGAUAA